AUGACUGUAUUAGUAGAGAAUAAACAACAAAAUGGUGCAUCGGCAUCAACUACAGAGUUGGAACUCAAAGUAUUCAAGGUUUUAGCUGCAUUUUCACAGAGCAUAGAGAAAUCACUGAUUACAAGUCAAACCAAUAUCAAUGAUAUGUAUAAAACAUUAAAUUGUCCGUUGCCUCAAUCACCGGAAUUGAAGCAACUCAAUCAGAUUACAGACACUGGUAACAUUGGUCUCCUAACAAUACAGAUGGUCAGAACUGUCAUUCAAAGAUCAGAAGCACUAUCUAAACAAAUUUCAACUUUAAAUACAACAGUUAAAAAUAAUAAUAUAAAUUUAAAUAACAAUAAUAGUAAUAAUAAUAAUAGUAGCAGUAGCAGUAGUAAUGCCGAAAUUAAAGCUUAUAAAAUGGAGAUUGAAUCAUUAAAAAAGAAAAUAACAAGAUUACAACAAACUACACCUUCAUCAUCCUCUUCUUCUACAACUACAACAACAACUACUUCAACUUCAACAGCCAACAACACUAUCACAAAAUCAACAUCAAACAAUCAUUUAAACGAAGAAUCAACAACAUCCAAUAGCAAUAGAUCGUCAAAGGAUCACAGCAGCGAAUCGUUGUCAUCGCUCAGAAAUGAAGUCGAGAUUUCACAUGACCCGAUGAUGGACGAUGAAUUGAUAGAGACACCGCGCGAAGACUCGAUACUGUCGUCGACAAGCUCGUCAUCGGCGGCACACGCCUCGACUGAGAUGCACAUCACCAACGGACACGCAUCGAUAUCGUCGGGAUCGUCGCCCAUCGUAACACCGCCAACGAUCAGCGCCAACGACAAGACACUCAGCUCAAGCGGAUCAUUCACUUCACAGGCACACUCACCACUGACACACUCAGCAUCGUCCACCUCCAUCCUCGGAAACUCCUCACCAUCUUCAUCGUCGACCAACCUCGCCUAUGGCGACUCGCCAUCGAGACAGUCAUCGGCUAACCUCGGCAACUCUACCAACGCAGCACCCAAGAAGGCAUAUCUCACCGAUCUACUCGAUCAAAUCGAUCUUGAAAACAACACACCAUCAAAAGAUAAAAAGAAAGGAAAAUUCAAAUUCUUUUAA